UUUUCAUAUCUCUCUCCAAUGGCUGCCAACUCAUCACGAUGUUGACAGACGUACGUGGUUGACAUUGCUAGCUAUAGUACUGAAAAAUAUACAUUUUUAAUAAUAAAAGAAAGUGCAUAAAAUAAUAAAACAAGAGCACAAGUAGGCUGUAAUAAUAAGUUUAUAUAUUGUUAAGAAAUAUUAUUAUUAUAAAAAUGAGAUCAUUGUUUUAUGGUGUAGUGGUGUUACUAUUUAUAGUAAUUGCCGAUGUACAGAGUAUAAUGUUUGAACUUCAACCGAGUGCUAAAAAAUGUAUUAAAGAAGAAAUACAAGCUCAGGUAUUAAUUACUGGUGAAUAUCAAGUAUCCGAAGCACCCGGUCAACGUGUUGACUACGUGGUAAAAGAUUCAAAGGGUCAUAUACUGUCACAAAAAGAAGAUAUUCCCCAUGACAGAAAUUUGAAAUUUUCAUUUGUCACUGAAAACUAUGAUACCUUGGAAAUUUGUUUCACUUCACAUUUACCAGCUCAUCAACGAGGCAUGAAACAAGACAUUUUAUUAAUAACUAAACAUGGUAUUGAAGCUAAGAAUUAUGAAGCGAUGCUUGGAGAAGCCGCUAAACUUAAACCUAUUGAAGUUGAAUUGAAACGCCUCGAGGACUUGUCUGAGAGUAUCGUCCAAGACUUUUCAAGAAUGCGCCAAAGAGAAGAAGAAAUGAGAGAUACAAACGAGCAAACAAAUUCACGUGUGUUAUACUUCAGUAUAUUUUCAAUGUGCUGUCUAUUAGGCUUAGCAACAUGGCAAAUAUUCUAUUUAAGACGCUUUUUCAGAGCAAAGAAAUUGAUAGAGUGAGCUUUAAUAUAAUUGUAAGUCUUCCGUGAUCAAGCGUAUUUUUCCAUCAAUUUAUAAAAUGAUGUAUCAAAAGACACGUAAUUAAACUGAUACGCAAAUAAAUAAAUACCUUAAAAAAUAAUAAAUUCAAGAGAAGACUUAAAAGUCAUAUUUUUCAGAGUGAUUAGAAUGUAAACGUAAUUUAAAUUUUUAAAAAAUACAUUGUACAAAAUAAUUA